CUCUAUUUCUUUAUGCAUUUCUUGCAUCUAAAGUUCCCGAGGGUGAACUGGUCUCGUUAUCAAGGACACAAAACUCAGUAUGAUUCUGCGAUUGGCUCUGAGAGGAUUCCUACUCGUUUUGCGGUUUUAGAACUUCGAACCUCGCCUCAAAAUUUGGGUUUUAUCCUCAAAAUUCUCAACGUCCAGCAGAGGAGAAGAGAAUCGAGUGAUCAAGAGCUCGAUUGAUCACUACUCUUUCUUAUGGCGAACUCCAAGCCUCAUUACUUCUUUAAGAUAUUUUUGCCCAAUCAAUCCUCCAACUCUCUGAGAAUUCCUCCGGCCUUUGGAGAUCACAUUGAGGUUGAGUCUAACAGGAGAGUGUACUUGAAGGGCCAAAGCGGGAGCGUUUGGGGAGUAAAUAUGGUUAAAAAUUGUGAUGGGUUCUCUUUUGAAGAUGGGUGGAAGGAUUUUGUUGUUGAUCACUCUCUGAUUAUGGGAGAUUUAUUGAUUUUUCGUUAUAACGGGAGUUUGAGAUUUGAAGUUUUGGUUUUCGAUUCCUCUGCUUGCGAGAAAAGGAAGGCUUUCCUUGCGAGACCAAGCAUGGGAGAAGAGAUUGAAGAUGUUGAAGAAACUGAGCAAUCAAAGCAAGAAAUGGUCAAGGAGGAAGAGGAGGAGGAGGAGGAGGAUAAUAAGCCUUUGGUUCAUUUCGCAAAAAGGAAAUUUGAUGGGAAUUUGAAGAAGAGGAAGAAGAAACAAUUUCCAUCCUAUGGGGAUCAAUCGAAUUCAGGUCAGCCUCUUCCAAAAUCUAGAGAUUUAGCUACCCCAAAACAAGAGCAAGUCUCAUAUUCACCUCCUAGUCCUUUCAAGUUCACCAAAGACACACAAAUGCAGAAGAAUGGAGAGUGCAUGCAUGGAAAUUCUGCAUUUCAUGUCCGGCGCUUUAUAUCCAAUAAAAAUCUCCAACUACGGUACAGGAGUGGUCAAGUGUCUAGAUGUACUCCUCAUUCAACUAAAGGGAGCACCUCAAAGAAAUCUAGUAAAUCCGUAGAAUUGGUAAAGUCUGAUGAAAGUGCUUGUCGAACGGGAUCUGUUUAUAGGAUGAGAGCUCUCAUAUCGCAACGACGACCUGUCACAACUGAGGAAGUGGAAAGGGCGCUUCAAAGGGCUUUGAAGUUCCAAUCUGAGCAUCCAUUUGCAGUGUCAGUUAUGCAGGACUCCUACGUUUACACUAGUUUUUUCAUGUGCCUUCCUACCUGGUUCGUGAGAAAACAUCUUCCAAAGGAGAACGCAGUUCUGACUGUUUCGGAUCCAAAUGGCAAGCAAUGGAAGAUGACUUAUAUUUGCUACAACUCUCACGGUGCUCUCAGUGGUGGCUGGGGCAAGUUCACUUAUGCCCAUAAUUUGGAGAAACAUGAUGUCUGCAUAUUUGAGUUUAUUGAUACUGAUCAUUUGAAAGUCCAUAUAUAUAGAGUGUUGGAGGAGAUAACACCAUUACUUCGUCCACGUUAGGAUGGCCAUGUUUAAUUGCAUGCUCAUAAUUAUUAUUGCCAACAACAACAACAAAAACAUAAUGUGCUACAGCAACAUCAACCAAGACUUUAUCCUCCGUUAAGUUAACCGGAUCACAAUAAAAUAGUUGCAUAAUGUGGCAUAUUUAACUCCUUUAAUUGUAUCUAUUUGUUAAAUUUCUUCAAAUCUCUCAUGGGUGUCAACUCGUAAGUGAACUUUGGCCGGGAGAGUAACGCUUUGCAGAUGUAUGUUGUAUGACUUUGUCCUUGUAACAAUAAAUAUAUAUAUUUUCAGCAAUUCUUGGAUUUU